GAGGGGGGACAAGAAACGGAAGGCAAAUGGAAGGAGCCCUCUCUUUCUUCUCCCCUUCUCCGUUCUCUUCCAAUCGCUCCAACCUCUGUCUUCCAAAGAAACCUCUCUCCCAAUUCUCCUCUUCCCGAGCCUCAAUUCCCAAGGUAUCGCCUCUGGCCAGGUCCUCGAAGAGAACCCGUAAACCCGAUGUCCGGAUUUCUCCCAAGACCGCAGAGAGGAGUCGAAUUUCUCGGCCUCUUGAUUCCGAGAAGAUAAAUAUCCAGAAGCUAAAUGCUGAGGUUUCUCCUCACAGAGCAGUUUCUGCGGUGAGGCUGCUGAGGAUUGAGCAAGGUGGCGCUUUUGCGGACCUUUUGAAUGAGAAGGGGAGGAAAGCUGCCGAGAAUGAGAUGAGUUAUGUCGAGAGGACACUUGGGUUCCGCACACGGGAUUUGGACGACAGAGAUAUUAGACUGGUGACAGAUGUUGUUGGAGGAAGUGUUCGUUGGAGACGCUACCUCGAUCAUCUUAUCAUGUCUCUCUGUAACAAGGAGAGAAUGUUUACAGACAUGGAACCACUUCUACUGCAAAUUCUCCGCAUUGGGUUCUUCGAGAUCUUGAAGCUAGGCAUGCCACCAUAUGCUGUUGUUGAUGAGAAUGUAAAACUUGCAAAAGCUGCUCUAAGGCCUGGUGCAGGGAAUUUAGUAAAUGCAGUUUUACGGAAACUUGUCUCACUGAAGGUCCGAGAUUGUAUGUUACAUACUGCUUUUGCGCUAAUCACUGUGCUAUACUUUUACUUCUGUGCCUUCCUUUUUUCCCCCUUUUUUCUGUUUCAGGAAAAAGAUUCGCUUCCCCUGCCAACUCUAGAAGGUGAUGACCGUGCGCAAGCACGUGCUCUUGCUGUUAUUCAUUCCCAUCCAGUUUGGAUGGUUAGAAGAUGGACAAAAUUUCUGGGGCAAGAAGAAGCUGUGAGGCUAAUGAACUGGAACAACAGUGAUCCCUGUUUCAGCCUAAGGGUGAACACUGCAAAAGGCUUUAAGAGAGUUGAUCUUGUUAACCGACUGGAAGAUUUGAUGGUUCCAUAUGAGCUGUCUUCAUGCAUGGAUGACUUUGUUCGCAUCCAUACUGGCAUGCAGAUUGUAAUACAAGCUGGCUUGCUAAAAGACGGAAUAUGUUCGGUUCAGGAUGAGAGUGCUGGUCUGGUGGUGUCUGUGGUAGGCCCACAACCAGGAGAUGCCAUCAUUGAUUGCUGUGCAGCACCUGGUGGAAAGACUCUUUUCAUGGCGUCAUGUCUGAGAGGCAAAGGUACGGUAAUGGCAAUUGACAUAAAUAGAGGUCGCUUAAGGAUUCUCAAAGAGGCAUGCAAGUUACUCAAUGUCACUAAUGUGGUCACUACAACCCAUGCUGACCUUCGAUUAUAUGCUGAAAAGCAUAAUGUAAAGGUUGAUAAAGUCCUUUUGGAUGCUCCCUGCUCUGGAACAGGUGUUCUUUCCAAGAGAGCGGAUUUACGUUGGAAUAGACAAUUAGAAGAUUUAGAGCAGUUGAAGCAUUUGCAAGACGAGCUUCUUGAUGCAGCUUCCAUGUUGGUGAAGCCGGGUGGGAUACUUGUGUACAGUACUUGCUCCAUUGAUCCUGAAGAAAAUGAGGAGCGGGUUGCAGCAUUUCUUCAGAGGCAUCCCGAAUUUGUUGUGCAUCCUGUCCAUCCAUAUGUGCCUCCAGAUUUCAUUACGGAUAAAGGUUUCCUUUUCUCAAAUCCAGUCAAGCAUAGGAUGGAUGGGUCAUUUGCAGCGCGGCUAGUUCGAUCCUUGGACUACCCAUGCUAAGCUCCCUGUAAGCGAAAUUUUCCAGAAUCCCCAAAUCAUCAUGUUUUGGGAGGAUAAAUGUGCUCAAUUAUUGGAGUGGAGACGGCCAAAAAUAAACAAAGCAACCAGGUAUAGACCUUUUCCGGUGAGUAAUGCCCCAUCAAUGUCAUGAAUGCAUGCUCCAUCACUUCAUGAUUGGCAAACAGGCAUUUGGAAAACUGAAGCAUUGGAAUAUCUUGAUCUGCCAUGUAUCAAGAAAGAGAUCAGAAGAGGUGCAUAUGUGCCAGCAAUGACAGCUGUUGAAGAUGACAUUGAUGAUUCUUUCACAAAAUUCUUUGACAGCUACUUAAGGCCCUUGAAAUUAUGAGAGGCUUUCAUCUCUAAAAUCUCUUGAUGCGAAAGCAACAGUUUCACUAAGAUAACCUAUGAAAGUUAGUCAAAUAACAAGUCCAGGAAGCAUCAACUCUGUUCAUGAUGUUCUACAAAGUUGUUUGUGAGCAAGACACCAGCUUUGCCAUUAAGACUAAGAUGCCAUACAUUUGUAAAAUUCAUGAGAUGAUGUUAUUAUCAAUAGAAAAGACCAAAAACCUGAUUGAAUGGCAAAACACUGUUGGAAUUGAUGGGUGAUGUUUCCAGCUCGAAGGGUACUAUCACUAAUUUGGUGCCCCAUUGUGCUUUAGCCCUUGUGCGAAGAUUUGAUUCCUUCGGAACCCCACAUUUCUUGGAUGAUCUGACCACUGUAGCCACUCUUUGACUAAGAUUCUUGUUUGUCCUAGUGUCUAGUGAUGUCAAGUCUGCUAGAAAUGAGUUUUUGCAGAUUAUUUUCCUCGGUUAAUGUUUGAGCGCAUUCUGUAAAACUGUUGUUUUUUACAAAAAAACAUGCUUUUGUUCAGGUGA